AUGACUACAGGAGGAGCUCAGGAUGACCCCGGCCAGCAGAACACACUGAGGUUCUGUCGGCUCCUCUUCCUCGCCGCCUGCGGGAUGGAGGACUCGGAGACGGAGCUGACGGUGUCGGAGUCGGACGCCCUGGGCGCAGACUUCAUCACGGUGGAGCUGGACACGCAGCCCAUCGAGUACGUGGUGAAGUGGGCCGAGGUCGGCUCCAAGUUCACCAUCUCCUGCGUGAAGAAGGACUCGGACGAGGCGGAGGAGCUGGCGGCGGAGCCGCUGAAGAUCGAGGCGGACGAGGCCUUCUUCGCGCCCUACGAGGAGGUGUUCCCCUGCGAGGACGAGGACAGCGAGGAGACGCGGCUGCUGCUGGAGGCCGGUGGCGGCGGCGCGCCCGACGGCGAGGCGGACCCGGACCGGGACUACUACGAGCCGGAGGGCCGGCAGUACCGCUGCAGCUACUGCGGGAAGCGCUACAGCCACGCUUCCAGCCUGUACCGGCACCAGCAGACCCACACGGGCCGGACCGGCCCGCCGCCGGCCACCAAGAGAACCUUAGAGCCGUCGCACCCCGACGCCCGCUACGCCUGCCCGCACUGCGGCAUGAGCUUCAAGGGCAGCAGGAUGCUGGGCAGCCACCUGCGGCUGCAUGGGAAGCGGCGCAUCCAUCCCUGCAACAUCUGUGGGAAGGAGUUCAACCACAGCUCCAGCCUGUCGCGCCAUCGCCUCGUCCACAAGAAGGGCAAGGGCGGGGCCAGAGAGGCGGAGCCCGCCGCCCUGCGCCACAAGGCCGCCACCAGGAACAAGAAGCCCCGUAAGGCGGGCGGCGCGGCACCGGGCCCGGCGGCGGCGGACCGGUUCUACGCCUGCCCGCAGUGCGACCUGAGCUUCCGGACGUCCACCCAGCUGUCCAAGCACCAGGUGAGCCACGUGAAGGAGCUGCUGGACAGCUACACGCCCGGCAAGGAGAACCUGGGCGAGAGCUCGUCCGACCUCAAGAUCCGCCUCAAGCUCUGCUCCCGCGACAAGCCCAACUUCUACACUCUGUGCAAGAAGAACCGUCGCCGCCGCGGGGGGCGGCCGCCCCGCGACGACGACCCGGAGGCCGGCGCCGGGGAGCCGGGCGGCCGCCGCCACGCCUGCGACCUCUGCGGGAAGAGCUUCAGCCACGCCUCCAGGCUGGCGCGGCACCGGCAGACUCAUGGCGCCGGCCCGGGGAAGCACGUCCUGGCCAAGCCGGGCCUGGCCGCCUCCAAGUCCAAGACCUACGUGUGCGCGGCGUGCAACAAGACCUUCAUGCACUCCUCCAGCUUCUCCCGCCACAAGAAGGCGCACCUGCAGGCCGCCGCCCUGAGCCGCAGCCCGCCCCUGGUGGACGAGACCGCCCCGCUGGAGUCCGACUCCGAGUGAGGGUCGCUCCGACCCGGACCCGUUCUGGGUUGGUUCUGGACCGGCGCCGACUGGUUCUGGACCGGUUCUUGGGCCAGUUGUGGUCAGAGUGAAAAAUGUUCUGGACCCGUUGGGAUUCUAGUUCUCCAGGUUUCAGGAACUGGAACUGGUUCUGUGUAGAUAGCAGCAGGACGGCCAUAUAUGGGCGCGUCGGCCGUUUCCAUGUAUGGUCAGAAGGGACCGUUAGCUUCCUGCUCCGCUCAACGGGCUUACAGGCAUCCACCUGUUCUGGGCCCACCCCGCCCCCUCCUCAAACAGUCCCAGAGCAUCAUGGGAAAUGGAGUCAAAGCCAGCAGACUCUUCAGUAAACUGACUGCUGAUUGGACGGUUCAAAUGAAACCUGUGAAAUUGGUUAUUGGUCAGCGAUCGGCUCCAGCGGAAAAUCUGUCACCAACAUAAAAACGUUUCCUGUGGAUGCCCCGCCCCCUUCAAUCUGUGUUCCUGCUCGACACUUUUGAGUUUUAUUGUGUGAAUUGGAGUUAAUUUAAUGGUGAUUUAUUUAUAAAUGUGAGGGCGCCCCCCCACCUCCUGUAGAAGAUAAGCAGCACUUGAUGCCCCGCCC